AAUUGUGUUAAUGUGAGGUGGGGAACCCGUGUACAAGAUGUGUUCACAUUUGUGAAAGUUCUGGCUCUUAUCUUGGUGAUAGCUGUUGCCCUUUACAAAAUUGGUAAAGGAGAAACGGAUAACCUGAGAGCUCCGUUCGAGGGAUCAACAACAAACCCAGGGAUGAUUGUGCUUGCUUUCUACUCUGCCCUCUUCUCCUACGGGGGAUGGGACAUACUCAACUAUGUCUCUGAAGAAAUACAGAAUCCUGAGAGGAAUCUACCUCUUUCUAUUGCAAUUUCAAUGCCUAUUGUGACUAUUAUUUACUUGCUGACCAAUAUAGCGUACUAUGUCAUGUUGGACAUGUCAACUCUCCUCACAAGUGAUGCAGUGGCUGUGACAUUUGGCAAUGAAACCCUCGGUUAUGCUAAGUGGAUAAUUCCUAUAGCAGUGGCCAUGUCUUGCUACAGUGGGUUAAACUCAUCAAUAAUUGCAACAUCCAGGCUUUUUUAUGUUGGCGCCAGGGAAGGACACCUCCCUGACAGCCUGAGCUUGAUUCAUGCAAAGCGCUUCACACCAAUCCCUGCUCUCCUCUUCAAUGGCUUAAUGAGUUUGCUUUAUCUCCUUGUGGAAGAUGUUUUCCUCCUCAUUAAUCACUACUCCUUCAGCUACUGGCUUUUUGUGGGUCUGUCUAUCGCAGGACUAAUAUAUUUGAGAUAUACUCAGCCUCAUAGGCAACGACCUAUUAAGGUAA